UUCUACUAUCACGAAUUUUCAAACAGUAACUUUUUGGUACGUAAUGACGGUCGGUCUACUCCAUGGGUGUGCUCUCGGAGGGAGGGAGGGGCUCCAUAUUAACUUUAGCUAAAUAAACUUGAACUCCAUGAAACCCAUCCCCCCCCCCUAAAAUUUGUUUUUUAGGCUUUCAGUGUUUUUUUUCUGGAACUUAUUCAGAAAACUUUGAUGAACUUGUUGAAUUUUAUCUCGAUACUGAUAACAGUUAAAGGCGUAAGACUGAACUACAUAUAUGGUACACCAUACUCAAUAAGCAUGUAAAAUAUCCAAAAAAUUGUUUAGAAGCAUUGAGACAGUGUGAUAAAGAAAUAUUUCCCAAAAUACAUUUUAUAUUAAAAAUACUCUGCACUUUACCAGUUUCAACAUCCACCCUCGAGAGACCUUUUUCUUGUCUCAAAAGAUUGAAAUCUUAUCUACGAAACACAAUGACUGAGGUAUUUUGUGGAUAUUAAAAUAAAAAUUUACAUCAACUUUUUUAAAAUUUUUUUGGUUUUAGACUGGACUUAAUGGCUUAGCUAUGUCAGCUGUUCAUAAAAAAAUUCCACUAAGAUUCUACUCGUUGGGUUACCAAUAAAAAAUGAGUAAAACGAAGUAUUGAAAUAUAGUUAGGUAUAUAAUUAUAAAAUAAUUCAGUCAAUAGUGUAAUAUAAAUAUUAAAUAAUGGUACAGUUUGAGUGGUUGACCACGUACGUCCGAAAACAAGAACGAGUCCGUCGGUCGACAGUCGCGUCAUGGAGUUAUAUUACGUGCAGUAUAUUAUAAUAUUAAUCGAUAGAGGCCGGGCGCGCAGUUACCGGCGGCCGACGCGCAGAAACCGCGGUUACAAUGGUUAUUGCUGUGGGUCGCCACAACCUCUUUGACAAUAACAUUUCCGGCAUUUUUUGGGCGUCAUAAUUUGAUCGAGUCGUUUGUGGCCGGCACACGUGUUAUUUGAGCGUCAUACUCUGUUGCACGAUUGUCGAAUUUUCAGUCACGCUCUCGAGUUGAAUUUUUUAAAAUUGUUUAACGUCGUUAUUAACGCUUUACUGUUUUAGCCCAAUCCGUUUGGCGAUCACACGUCGAUUACCAUUAAUAUUUUUCAGUUAAUCGUUACAGUCGGAGUCGGGCGAUCCAUCGUUUUAUCGGUAGGUACCUAUUGCGUUACACAAGUCUGGAGUUCGAUUCAUCGUUUACUCACGGGUAGAAAGCACUCCAUUGUACGUUUGGAUCAGACAGACGGACAACGGGAAUAUGUACGAGUUACCGAGCCUGGUGAAGACGGCGUACUACGCUUGCAACCAGAUUGAGCGCGCCAAGUAUGACUUGUUGAGAACACGGCACGUCGAUUUGCAAAGAUGUUGCGAGUCGCUGUUCGUACUGUUCAAAGCCGAAAGAAACACAGACGAGGACGACGGCAGGGAGACAAUGUACAGCAGAUCGUCAUUGCCCAGAAAGUUUGGAAAAGUGUGCGAGUUGGCAGCGUUGUACGGACACAUCGAUUGCCUGAGACUCGCUCGUGCAAUCGGCGUCCCUUGGGAUGACCGUUACAGUCGUAUCGCUCAUCAAAUAAUGGGUCGCAAGAGAUUAGGUUCGGCGUGCGAAAUGGCUGCGAUAUCGGGCAAUCUGGAAUGUCUACGGUAUGCACGAGACAACGGCUGCACGUGGGACGAAAAUACGUGUUCCAGUGCAGCGCGGAACGGCCACAUGGACUGUUUGCGGUAUGCACAUGAUAACGGCUGCCCGUGGGACGAAAAUACGUGUGACAAUGCCGCGUUGAACGGCCACAUGGACUGUUUGCGGUAUGCACAUGAUAACGGCUGCCCGUGGAACGCAUGGACGUGUGCCAGUGCCGCGUUGAACGGCCACAUGGACUGUCUACGGUAUGCACAUGAUAACGGCUGUCCGUGGGAUGAAAAUACGUGUGACAAUGCCGCGUUGAACGGCCACAUGGACUGUCUACGGUAUGCACGGGACAACGGCUGUCCCUGGGACGGCCGUACGUGCACCCUUGCCGCUAGUAACGGUCAUAUGAAUUGUCUCGUCUAUGCACGGGACAACGGCUGCCCGUGGGACGAGCAGACAUGUUCUCUUGCCGCAUUGAACGGUCACAUGGACUGUUUGCGGUAUGCACAUGAUAACGGCUGCCCGUGGAACGAGCAGACAUGUUAUCUUGCCGCAUUGAACGGUCACAUGGACUGUUUGCGGUAUGCACAUGAUAACGGCUGCACGUUGGACGAGUGGACGUAUUUCACUGCCAAGCAGAACGGUCAUUUAGACUGUCUCAAUUACGCAUUGGCUAAUGGGUGCCAGCCAGACAUGCCUGAUCACGGUGAGGACAGCGAUGGAGAAGACUGAUUUUCUUCGGACUAGGACAGUAUAUGUGCGAUGCAGCAUGACUUAAAAAAAGGCUACGGAUGUUGCAAUAAAGGACCAAGUGGUAACCACGAACAUGGUCAACCCUAGGAGCCGAUCUCUUGUCAUGUCUUCAGUAAUUACAUUGAACGACAUGGAUUUGGACGUGGCCAAGAGGUGUGCGAGCUUUUACGCUGCAAGUUGACUGACCAAAGUGUAUAGUGUAUAUAAAAUGUAUGUAAUGUAUAAAAUGUAUAAAAUGUUUAAAAUAAUUGUACAAA